GGCAGAUUACAUGUGUACAUUUUACAAUCCAAUGAAAAUCCACCACGAAUUUCAUGUUGGCGGAUUUUUGAGCAUUACCGGCUUAAUGUAUUUAGAGAUAUCAUUAGUUAAUAAUUCGUCGUUCGGGUCAAAAUAAAUAUUAAAAAUGUGGCAAAUUUUUGCUUUUGGAUUAUUUGUUUCUACAUGUCAAGCACUGUAUCCCGCCAGUUCAAAUGUAGUGGAACUUACACCCUCAAAUUUCGAUAAAUUGGUUAUAAACGGCGAUGAAAUCUGGAUAGUCGAAUUCUUUGCACCGUGGUGCGGUCAUUGUCAGCAGCUCGUACCCGAAUAUCAGAAAGCGGCGAAUGCGUUGAAGGGUGUUGUAAAAGUUGGAGCGGUAAAUGCGGACGAGCACAACAGCUUAGGUGGCAGGUACGGCGUGCGAGGCUUCCCAAGUAUUAAAAUUUUCGGCACGAAUAAAAAUAAACCAGAAGACUAUAAUGGUCAACGCACUGCACAAGGUCUCGUCGAUGCCGCCUUGGCUGCAGUUCGAAGUAAGGUAAAUGCGAAUUUGGGUGGUAAAUCUAGUGGAGGCGGAUCAGGCUCAAAGUCCUCAAGCAGCGAUGAUGUAAUCGAACUAACAGAUGAUAACUUUGAUAAACUGGUUAUUAACUCUGACGAUAUGUGGUUGGUUGAAUUCUUUGCGCCGUGGUGCGGGCAUUGUAAAAAUUUGGCACCGGAGUGGGCAUCGGCUGCUACCGAGCUAAAAGGAAAAGUAAAAAUGGGUGCUUUGGAUGCGACUGUUCACUCACAAAAGGCUGCCCAGUAUGGAAUUAAGGGCUACCCCACAAUUAAAUAUUUUCCGGCUGGCAAGAAAACUAAGCAAUCGGACGAGGAGUAUGAUGGUGGGCGUACAUCGAAAGAUAUAAUAAAUUGGGCUUUGGAUAAGGUUUCCGAAAAUAUUCCGGCACCUGAAAUUAGACAGAUUUUGAACGAAGACUUGUUCAAAGAGGACUGUGAUCAAAAACCGUUGUGUGUUAUUUCCGUAUUGCCACACAUUUUGGAUUGUCAAGCUGAUUGCCGUAAUCAGUACUUAAAUGUUCUUAAUGAUAUGGGUGAAAAAUAUAAGAAGAAAAUGUGGGGAUGGGUGUGGAGCGAAGCUGGUGCCCAGGGUGAUUUAGAGAAUGCUUUAGACAUUGGUGGAUUUGGUUACCCAGCGAUGGCCGUUAUUAAUGUGAAAAAGAUGAAGUAUUCUUUAUUACGAGGUGCAUUCUCCAAGGAAGGAAUCAAUGAAUUUUUAAGAGAUCUGUCCUACGGACGAGGUAGUACAGCACCAGUAAGAGGAGGUGAGCUUCCUAAGAUUGCCACAAUUGAAGCCUGGGAUGGAAAAGAUGGAGAACUGCCAAUGGAAGAAGACAUAGAUUUAUCAGAUGUUGACCUAGAUGCAAAAGAUGAACUUUAAAAGUAAAAUUAUAUUUUACGUCGGUCCAUAUCAGGUGAUCUAACUGCCAAUUUAUUCUCAGCUUGUAUCAGUUCAACAUUAACAUCUUUCACAAUUGAUAUGAAUUGACUGUACAAUUUUUGUAUGCUUUAAUGAUAACUAGGAAUUUUUUUACUUGUACCAUAAAUUUUGUGUAACUAGUUUUGUAAGACUUAUUUAAGGUAGUAAAAUAAGACUGUUUAAUUAAUGAUGUUUUGUAUAAUUCAAGAAUAAGCAGUAGAAGUAGAUCAC